GAAGUGCGUGAUCACAACACUGAAGCUCAACCAGAGACUCACCUGCACCUCCGAGGAAGAACCAGAAAAACACUGAGAGACAUGGAUCCCUGCGAAUGCUCCAAGACUGGAACCUGCAACUGCGGAGGAUCUUGCACCUGCAAGAACUGCAGCUGCAAAAGCUGCAACAAGAGCUGCUGCCCAUGCUGCCCAUCCGGCUGCCCCAAGUGCGCCUCUGGCUGCGUGUGCAAAGGGAAGACAUGUGACACCAGCUGCUGUCAGUGAGAGGAGCCUGAUGCACUGUGGAGCCGUGCGCCCUACACUGAUUAAACUGUAGCCGUCUAGAAUGAGAAUAAUGGCUUUUGUACUUGUCUUUGAAAAUUAAAAUCAACAUGUUUCCUCAA